AUGUCCCGCGACAAGCUUUCUGGCGGCGUUGCGCGCCCGCAGGCCAGAUUUCGGCCCAAGUUUCAUCCCUGGAGGGCCUCUCAGACCAGUCUCGACCUGCAGGCAGCGGAAAAAGGAAGUCUGCCAGAAGGCAACACACAGGUCGAUAAGGCCUAUGGAAAGCGGGCUAACAAUGUAACUUGGCCGCCCUGGCAUGCAAACCGCACGAUCGGCGCCGCGAUGGCCUUCCUCCAAAGGCAACUCGGCCCUUCCGUACAGAGCACACUGCAACGCGUUGAAACGUUGCAGGAUGCGGUCUCCAUCCCUUGUCUCCAGCCCGUGGCUGUCACGGCCAAGCCCAUGGCGCCACCAGCCAGUCAAUCGGUCGGACGACCAUCAUGA